GCAAUCCUAUUCCAGUUCCUUCAGUAAGUUUCCCCCCUUUUUUUUUUGAUUGAAUCCAUAACAUCAUACUAGAACAACAUGGGUCUUUCAUUAUCUGUAUCUGUACCCACUACCAAACUAUCUGGUAUGUAUCAUAUACACCCCCUCUUUUUUUGACUUAGGUAACGUUAGACCGAAUGAAGACUGGAGCAGAAAGUCGUAGUAGAGAGACAAAACUAAACACAAAACCAUUUCAAUCUCGCUUCAACUCAAUUCAGACAAGAACAAGUCCACGCAAAUACAAAACAAAGAAAUCAGAGGAAGUGAUAGAAAUUGAUUCAGAAGAUGAACAAAAGCAAGAUACAUUUUUUGAUGCAGAACAAGAGAUAGAGUCCAAUUCAGCCAAGAAGCGACGAUUGAUUCGCCGUGAUUCUGAAGAUAAAGAGACUUGUUUACCUGAAUUGAAAAUGAAUAGACGAAAGACAACUUCAUCACCUGUGAAUCCUAAUUAUUUUAAGGCAACAAAACAACUAGAAGAAGAAGAAGAAGAAGAAGAAAAGGAAGAAGAACAGAAGGAGGAGGAAGGUGUCUUGAAAAAGACAUUUCAACGAGCUACUCAACUGUUCAAGACCAUCAUCCCUAGUGUGCAAGAUCCAGAUUAUAAACCUACCAAGACAACAGAUGAACAGCCUUCUGUGUCUACGACAGUCAAAUUACCUUAUGAUCCUAUUGAUGACUAUGAGUUGAUUGUCACAGGUGCAGAUGAACAUUUGUUGACGUAUCCAUUUAGAGGCAAGAAAUCAGUCACAGUCUAUGAACGAGAUUUGGAUCGUCUCAAGGAUGAGACGUAUCUGAAUGACACACUCUUGGACGUAUUUCCCAAGAUUUGGUCUGAUGAAUAUCCAGAAGCAAACAUCUAUACAUUUAGUUCAUUUUUCUAUACAAAAUUAGCUGGACAAACCAUGGAUUAUGAUACAGUCAAACGAUGGACAUCCCAUGUAGACAUAUUCAAAAAGAAGUUUUUGAUUAUUCCUAUUGCUCAACAUAACCAUUGGUUUGUCUUGGUUGUUGUCAAUCCAGGCUAUUGUAUACGAGGACCUAAAGGAACAGACUAUCAUAGUGAAGAAGAAGAACAGGAGAAUCUAUCUGAAAGUAAAACAAAAAAGAGAUCUAUAUUGCCUGGUACACCUCUGGAUCGAAACAGACCUUAUAUCUUAACAUUGGAUCCUCUCAAUCUCAACAAACAUUCGGUAGCGAAAGUGAUUUCACAAUAUUUAAAAAAAGAAGCAUUGACCAAACUAAAUAUUGACGCCUCUGACUUCCUUGAUCCAGAGAUCGUGAUGGCAUCUUGUCCUGGACAAAAGAACUUUACUGACUGUGGUGUAUUUUGUCUACAUUACAUGAAGAAUCUCUAUCAAUUUCCUGAAGCAAUGAUGGAUACCCUCUAUCAAAACACAGACAAUGGAGAUGCUUGGGAUAGAGAUCAUUCUUUACCGGGAUUCCGUUGUCAUCUUAAGCGAAUGUUGAAACGGAAAAUCAAAGAGUACCGAGAAUACCUUUUAUCACAUCUAGACGACCAAUCAUAAUGUAAAUAAUAUUCCUCUUCUUUCCUUUUUUUUUUUAUUUAUAU